CAUCUUUUUUUGGAUUUUUUUUUAUUGUAAUCUCCUUCAGCAGGUGCGAUUCUCCUUUAUCAUAAUUUUCCUUUUGAGCUUUGUCCAUUUCUCCCUUGAUUUUUUCCGUCUUCAUUUUUAACGUCAUGAUUUUUUUCAUAGUAUUUUUGCAUAUGAAACAUUUUUACCAAACCCAAGUGCAAACUAAAGUCAUCAAGUAGUAUUAUAUUUGUAAUAAUAACAGUGCUUAUUUAAAAUAAUAAUUUGAGCCUAAUAACAAAGAAGAUUCUUCUUUGAAAUAUGAUUUCUAAAAUUUGGUUUCUCCUUUAAUAAUCUCUAGAUCUGUCCUUGAUUUGAUUCGUCUCUAUUCUUUGAUGGUCAUGCCAAAAAAAAUUGAAUGAGAUAGUUUCAUUUAGAAAAGAUACUUUUAUUUAUGAGAGAAUUGACUAAAAAUUUUAUAUAUAUAUAUGAUUAAAACAUAAAGUAUUAUUUGUAUUAGUUUGAUUAAUAUCAAAUUUGAUUUAAGAAACAAAUAAAACCAAUGAAUUCGCAACAAAUAAUCGUCACAUAUCAUAUAUAGAGAUAAAGGACAUUUGAAUUUGUUGAUUUUUUACUCUUUUUGAGUUAAAUAUUAAAUCGAAAACAUUUGCAGGGAGUGAACGAAAGCAUGAAAGAAGAAGUUCAAAUAUACAAAGAGAAAGUGAAGAUGUAUCUAUCUUCUAAUGACAAUAAUAUCAUAUAAAAACUAAGCUUAAUUGACUCAAUUCAACGUUUGAGUAUAUCUCAUCAUUUUGAACGUGAAAUUGAUGAGAUAUUACUACAAGCCCACAAUGAUUUUACCAACAAUGACUUUGCAACAGAGGAUCGUGACCUUCACUUUAUUGCAUUAUGUUUUCGUUUACUCCGACAAAAGGGAUAUUAUAUUUCAUCAGGUAUAUAUGUAAAAAUUUAAUAUUUUAUCUUAUAUAUAAUUGCAGUACAAAAAAAAUAUCUAUUAUUAAUUAUGGAUUCACAUUAAUUAUGUGAAUUAUAUAGAUAUUUUCAACAAAUUCAAGAAUAAAAAGGGAGAAUUCAAUGAACUAACUAUUAUUCAAGAUGCUAAAGGAAUAUGGAGUUUGUAUGAGGCUGCACAAUUAAGGGUUUAUGGGGAAGAUAUAUUAGAGGAAGCACAUAAAUUCACAUACAAUAAACUGAAGUCCAUCACCAAUCAAUUGAACCCAUCUUUAGCUGACCAAAUCAAUCAGAGUUUAGAACAACCUCUUCACAAGGCAGUUUUAAGAAUGAGGGCAAGGUCAUAUAUGUCUUUCUACGAAGAAGAUCCUUUGCAUGACAAAGUUCUUCUAAACUUUGCAAAACUAAAUUUCGAUAUGCUCCAGAAAUGGUAUCAAAAAGAAAUUGGUAUUACCACCAAAUGGUGGAGAAAUUCAGAGUUUGGGACAAAGGUCCCUUAUGCAAGAGAGGGGAUAGUUGAGUUAUACUUUUGGCCAUUUGCUAUAAACUCUGAGCUUAAAUAUACUACUUUUAGAGUUGUGACAACCAAAGUAAAUCAAUGGAUGACUAUAGUUGAUGAUACUUAUGAUGCUUAUGGAACAAUUCAAGAACUUAAGCUCCUCACACUGGCAAUUCAAAGAUGGGAUAUUAGUUACAUUGCAUCUCUUCCAGAGUGUUUCAAAACUAUUUUUAAUGCAAUUGUGGAAGUCACUGAUGAAAUAAUAGAGUUGAGUGCUAGAAAUGGAGAAACAAAUUUGGUGUUGCAAUGUGUUAAACAGGCGUUGUCUCAUUAUGUACAAGGUUACAUUGUUGAAGCAAAAUGGUGCUAUGAGAGUUAUAUUCCGAGCUAUGAUGAGUACAAGGUUAACGCAGCUUCAAAUUUAGGAUACCAAAUGCUUGCAACAACAUUUAUUGCUUUCGGAGAAUUUGCAACAAAAAAAACUCUUCAUUGGAUUUCUAAUAACAUUCCUCUCAUCCUACAAGCUUCGUCACUUGUUGCCAGACUCAAAUGAUUUGGCCUCACAUAAGUUUGAGCAGCAAAGGAAACAUGUUGCUUCUUCGGUAGAAUGUUGCAUGAAGCAAUAUAGCUUUUCAAAAGAGGAGGCCCAUGCAUUCAUCAAAAAGGAUAUCAAUAAUUACUGGAAGGAUAUGAAUGAAGAGUACCUCAAGUUAAGUGAAUAUAUCCCAAGGCCAGUCCUUGAUUGCAUUGUUAACAUGGCACGCAUAUGUGAGUUUCUAUAUGCGAACUCUGAGGAUAAAGUUACAAAUUGUGCACUCUUCAAAGACCACAUUGUGGCACUACUUUUGGAUCCCGUGGUCAUGUAGCAGUUUCAUGGUCCUAAGCUUUUGGGUUCUACCGGGAUCAAUUCUCCUUAAUGCUUAAUAAGGAGCUUUAAUAAUAUGGAUGUUGUUCACCUUCUCUGUUAUUAUUUUUUGUUUAAUAAAAUAGCUUGUUGUGGCAGCUAGUGUUAUAUUGAACUUCUUUUAAAUGCU